AUGGACAGAGACCGCUGCAAGAAAGCAGCUGAGGAGGGGUUUCCCUCAAGGCGAAUGGCCCCUACUUUUGAAGACUACAAGCAACAUCAAGUCAAGCAGGGUAUCAUCACCGCCAAUGCUAUUGGCGGGAAGUAUCUACCUAUAUUCCUCAAAUCCUAUCUGCAUGUUGGUCUACUUGAUUUCGACAUUACCGAAGCAAAUGAAGCAUUUUCAAAACCCAGAGAGUGGCACGGCGCCCCCAUGGCUUCUAUUCGCAGGUGUAUCCACGCACUUGGUAGCCCCCGUCUUGGCAUGAGGAACCCGGCAGCUUACCAUAAGCUGCAGCGCCUAUAUGAGCUAUACUUUUGCAAUAAUGAUAACUCCUCUCCAUUGUCCAAUACUUUAUCCGACCACCCAACGCAAUCCGGAAAGAAACGCCAGUAUGGUGAUUCCACAGGUGAGCCUCAUUCAAAGAGGCACCAAGGCCCUCAGGCAGAUAGUGGGAGUUCUAGCCGAGAAACUACAUUCUGUCCGACCCUCCAACGAGAAGUGCGUGCGUAUUGGACCCUAGGACCAGAUGUUUCGGCCGAGGAAGCGGUUCGUCAGUUUGCACCUAUUCUUUCUCAGUCGCUCAGAACUACCCAUGCUUAA